UGGUGGGCGUAGUGAUCAGUCUGCUCGUGCCAGAGUAGGACAACGCAGUGCCGUCUCCACACUUCAAUUUGACCACGUGCGUUCAAAGUCGCAAAACCAUUUACACCAUGAAAGCCGUUUUAGUUCUCGAAAAUGGAGCUUUCUUUAUCGGCAAGCAUUUCGGUGCUCCCGUCAACACGUCAGGCGAAGUGGUCUUUCAAACGGGUAUGGUGGGAUACCCCGAGUCGUUGACGGAUCCAUCUUAUUGUGCUCAAAUCCUCGUGCCAACUUAUCCUUUAAUCGGAAAUUACGGAGUACCCAGCAAAGAACUCGAUGAGUUUCAACUCCCAAAAUGGUUCGAAUCCCGUCGUAUUUGGGCAGCUGGUCUUAUCGUGUCUGAGCUGUGUGAUGUUCCUAGCCAUUGGAGUCAGGAACAGACACUGGAUAGUUGGCUUAAGAAUGAAGGUGUACCGGGAAUUAGUGGGAUUGACACCCGUCAAUUGACACAAAUGAUUCGCGAAAAAGGAACAGUGCUCGGCAAAAUUUUCCUGGGUGAAGAUAUACCAAAGGAAUUGGGCGUGUGGGCCGACCCUAAUCUUCGCAACUUGGUGGAAGAAGUUUCUAUUACGACGCCACAAACUUUUAAUCCUGAAGGCAGUCCUCGUAUUUGUGCCAUCGAUUGUGGUUUAAAAUACCAUCAACUACGUUGCUUCCUGUCUCGAGGAGCACGAGUUGAUCUUGUCCCGUGGAACCACCCGUUGAAUCCGUCCGAAUAUGACGGAUUGUUCAUCAGUAACGGACCUGGUGAUCCAUCGCAAUGUGAAGUGACCAUUACCAAUCUUCGACGCCUUCUUUCAUCAAGCACCAAACCCAUCUUUGGCAUCUGUCUUGGACAUCAACUGCUCGCACUGGCUGCCAAAUUCACCACAUUCAAAAUGAAGUACGGCAAUCGCGGUGUCAAUCAGCCGUGUACUCAUGAAGGAACUGGGAGGUGCUUCAUCACUUCUCAGAAUCACGGAUUCGCCGUCAAGGUAGAUUCACACUCUGAUCCAGAAUGGUGUCCUCUUUUCACCAAUGCUAAUGAUGGUACAAAUGAAGGCAUCGUGCAUAAAACGCUGCCAUUUUUCAGUGUCCAGUUCCAUCCCGAACAUAUGGCAGGGCCAGAGGAUCUGGAAGAUUUGUUUACAGUUUUCUUGGAUGCUGUCAAUAAUUCUCGAGUCGGAAACAUGAAUCCUGUCAUCAAAGAACGCAUCCAGCAAUAUCUUUCGGCAGAUUGUAUUCCAACUCCUACGUCCCUCGAAGGAAUCUGCAAACCUCGAAAGGUGUUGCUCCUCGGAUCUGGCGGUCUUUCUAUCGGUCAGGCCGGAGAAUUCGACUAUUCCGGUUCGCAAGCCAUCAAGGCUUUAAAGGAAGAAGGAAUCCACUCAAUCCUGAUUAAUCCAAACAUUGCCACUGUGCAGACAUCGAAAGGCAUGGCUGAUAAAGUCUACUUUCUACCCAUCACACCACAUUACGUCAAACAGGUGAUCCGUCAAGAACGACCUGAAGGGAUUCUUCUGACUUUUGGUGGGCAGACGGCUCUCAACUGUGGCAUUGAAUUGAACAAGUCAGGUGUUCUCGAAAAGUACGGAGUCAAAGUUCUUGGCACCCCUAUUCAAUCCAUCAUCGACUCGGAGGAUCGCAAGCUCUUUGCCGAGAAAGUGGCCGAAGUUGGCGAGAGAGUGGCUCCUAGUGCCGCAGCCUAUUCGUUCGAAGAAGCAUUAGAUGCCGCUGAAAAACUGGGCUAUCCUGUUCUUGCUCGAGCUGCUUACACGUUGGGAGGAUUGGGUUCUGGAUUUGCAGAUAAUCCUGAACAACUGCGUUCCCUAGCCCAGUCUGCAUUCGCCCAUUCCAAUCAAUUGAUUAUCGACAAGUCUUUGAAGGGAUGGAAAGAAGUCGAGUACGAAGUUGUCCGCGACGCUUUCAACAAUUGCGUUACCGUUUGUAACAUGGAAAAUGUCGAUCCUCUUGGUAUCCACACCGGAGAGUCUAUCGUCGUCGCUCCCAGCCAGACGUUAACUAACCGCGAGUACAACAUGCUGCGUACCACAGCCAUCAAAGUCGUACGCCACUUGGGCGUCGUGGGUGAAUGUAACAUCCAAUACGCUCUAAAUCCCAAUUCACAAGAGUACUACAUCAUCGAGGUUAACGCUCGUCUAUCGCGCAGUUCGGCGCUGGCCAGCAAAGCCACCGGUUACCCUUUAGCCUACAUUGCUGCAAAACUUGCUCUUGGAAUCCCGUUGCCCGUCUUACGGAACUCUGUGACUGAAUCGACCACCGCUUGCUUUGAGCCCAGUAUGGAUUACUGUGUCGUCAAGAUCCCGCGUUGGGAUUUAAGCAAGUUUAUGCGCGUCAGUGCCAAGAUAGGAAGCUCUAUGAAGAGCGUUGGAGAAGUCAUGGCCGUCGGCCGUCGAUUUGAAGAAGCUUUCCAAAAAGCCAUGCGGAUGGUGGAUGAAAACGUUCUCGGCUUUGAUCCCAAUCUCAACACGGUCUCGGAUGACGAGCUGGAGUGUCCCACCGACAAGCGGAUGUUUGUCCUGGCGGCCGCUCUUAAAAAAGGCUACACUGUGGAUCGUCUUUACGAGUUGACCAAGAUCGACCGUUGGUUCCUGGUAAAAAUGCAGAACAUUAUCGGCUGUUACAACAACCUUGAAUCACAGAGCGAAAAGGAACUAACCAGCCAACUACUUCUGGAAGCCAAAAGGAUGGGUUUCUCCGACAAGCAAAUUGCUUCGUGCAUAGGAAGCACUGAACUGGCUAUCCGCAGCAAGCGCGAAGAAUACGCUAUCACGCCGUUCGUUAAGCAGAUUGAUACUGUAGCAGCAGAAUGGCCGGCUCAUACGAACUAUCUUUACUUGACUUAUAAUGGAAACGCCCACGACUUGACUUUUCCUGGAGGAUACACUAUGGUUAUCGGGUCUGGCGUCUACCGGAUCGGUAGCUCAGUCGAAUUUGACUGGUGUGCUGUGGGUUGUUUGCGAGAACUUCGCAAUCUUGGCCGUAAGACUGUUAUGAUUAAUUACAAUCCUGAAACAGUCAGUACUGACUACGACAUGUGCGAUCGGCUGUAUUUUGAAGAAAUUACUUUUGAGGUUGUCAUGGACAUUUACAACAUGGAGGCUCCCGAAGGAGUCAUUCUGAGCAUGGGAGGUCAAUUACCCAAUAACAUUGCCAUGGAACUUCACCGUCAACGCGCCAAAAUCCUCGGCACACUUCCUGAGAGUAUCGACUGUGCAGAGAAUCGUUUCAAAUUCUCACGUAUGCUCGACCGCAUUGGAAUUUUACAACCAAGAUGGAAAGAGUUGACCAACUUGAAAUUGGCCAUCGAGUUUUGCGAAGAUGUUGGUUUUCCGUGCCUCGUACGGCCAUCUUACGUUCUGAGUGGUGCGGCCAUGAAUGUUGCUCACUCCCCUCAAGAUUUGGAAACUUAUUUAAGUAAAGCCAGUGCCAUUUCCAAAGAGUAUCCAGUCGUCAUUUCCAAAUUUAUCCUGGAAGCAAAGGAAAUUGAUGUUGAUGCUGUCGCCCAAGAUGGUCAGUUGCUCUGCAUGGCUGUCUCAGAACACGUUGAGAAUGCUGGAGUACAUUCGGGUGAUGCAACACUCGUAACCCCUCCACAGGAUCUCAACAACGAGACGCUGUCCAAAAUUCAAAACAUUUGUCGCGCCAUUGCCAUGUCCUUGGAAGUGUCGGGUCCGUUCAAUAUGCAACUCAUCGCCAAGGAUAAUGAAUUGCAGGUCAUUGAGUGUAACCUGAGAGUAUCACGCUCGUUUCCUUUUGUCUCAAAAACGCUCGAGCAUGAUUUUAUUGCUAUGGCUACAAAAGUAAUAGUUGGGCAACGUGUAGAUCCAGUAGACGUUUUACGCGGUUGCGAUAAAGUGGGUGUCAAAGUUCCACAGUUCUCAUUCUCACGUUUGGCAGGAGCUGAUGUAAUGCUCGGCGUUGAAAUGGCGUCCACAGGAGAAGUGGCUUGUUUUGGAGAGAAUCGCUACGAAGCUUACCUGAAAGCUUUGAUGAGCACUGGUAUGGCCAUACCCAAAAACAGCAUCCUUCUAUCUGUCGGCAGCUAUAAACACAAGAACGAGAUGCUUCCCAGCGUCCGGACUUUGGAGAAGCUGGGCUACAAGUUGUAUGCCAGUCUUGGAACAGCUGAUUUCUACAACGACCACGGAAUUACGGUGGAAUCGAUUGAAUGGGCUUAUGAUGACAUUGGUGAGAUUACCAGCAAAGGUCAACUCAACAACAUGGCGGACUUUUUAGCUCACAAACAAUUGGAUCUCGUCAUCAAUUUACCGAUGAGACAUGGAGGAGCCAGACGAGUCUCUUCGUUCUCCACUCAUGGUUACCGGACCCGACGUAUGGCUGUUGAUUACGCAGUGCCUUUAAUAACGGACAUCAAAUGCGCCAAACUUCUCGUUGAGGCUUUGAGAUUGGUGGGUAAAGCGCCAAAGAUGAAACCGCACGUGGAUUGUAUGACGUCACGCCGAUUAGUUCGGAUCCCGGGUUUGAUCGACGUUCACGUCCAUCUACGGGAACCUGGCGGCACACAUAAAGAGGAUUUUUCGUCUGGAACUGCUGCCGCUCUUUCUGGAGGUGUCACCAUGGUCCUGGCCAUGCCGAACACUCAGCCAACAAUCACUGAUAAGGCGGCUCUUCACCUUAUCAAGGAUCUGGCUAAGAAAGGCGCCCGUUGUGAUUACGGGAUUUUCAUGGGCGCCUCGGCGACUAAUUUUGAAGAAAUAAUCGAGCUUUCCUCCCACGUUGUCGGGCUCAAAAUGUACCUCAACGAAACCUUUACCACCCUUAAAUUGGACGGGAUUCAACAAUGGCUUAAACAUUUCGAAAAUUGGCCGAAAGGAGUGCCUAUUUGUGUCCAUGCCGAGGGACGGACCACUGCCGCUGUUAUUUUAUUGGCUUCACUCAAUAACCGCUCUGUCCAUGUUUGUCAUGUGGCCACCCGAGAUGAGAUCGAAAUCAUCAAAGCUGCAAAGAAAAAGGGUUUGCCUGUCACUUGUGAAGUUUGCCCCCACCACUUGUUUCUGAACUCAAAUGAUUUGCCCGCUUUCGGCACCAAGGGUGAAGUUCGUCCACGUUUGGCUAGUCCCGAAGACCAACAAGCCCUUUGGGAUAAUUUGAGCAUUAUCGACUGUUUCGCAACGGAUCACGCUCCACAUACUUUGGAAGAAAAAAUGAGCGAUAAUAGCCCACCUGGUUAUCCGGGUUUGGAAACUAUGCUUCCCUUGUUACUCACCGCCGUUAACAAAGGACAAUUGAGUCUCCAGGACGUCGUCAAUAAGUGUCACCAUAACCCAAAACGCAUUUUCAAGUUGCCAGAUCAAUCCAAUACUUAUGUUGAAAUUGAUCUUGAAGAAGAUUGGGUUCUUCCGGAUGCUAAUGUCUUUUCAAAAGCCAAGUGGUCCCCUUUUGCUGGACGGAAAGUCAAAGGGGCCGUUAAACGUGUCGUUCUUCGAGGCGAAGUUGUCUACAUUGAUGGAUCUAUCAUUGCCCAACCUGGAUUUGGACAAGAUGUUCGUGAACCUGAUCAAUCCAACUUCUCGAUCCCUCAUAUGGAAUUUUCUGAUUUGGGCGAUCCUAGAGUGACGCGCUCAGCAGCUUACAAUGUUUCUGGCAGUCAGACAUCUGGAAAUGGUGAAGACGAUGUCCAUUUUCAUCGACACACGAGUGAAACGCGUGAACUGUACGGCCAAAUGUUCAGCGAACUGGGAAUUCCCAAGAUUCGUUCGUUGUCUGUCGGCCCGACUUUGCCGACUCUUCGAAUCUCGCAUCCGCAACAGACCGAUUCUUCUUCAACCGGACGACCCGUUAGUCCAGUUUCACGAAGUUUUGACAGCUCCAUCCUUUCACCACCACAACAAUCCAAGGGCAUUUCGGCUCGUCCGGUUUCACCUGCUGCGUCACAAAUGGCAACCUCCAGCUUCUCUGGUUCCGCUGCACUUCCUCAUCACGGCUUACAAGGCCAGUGCAUCUUAACAGUGGACAUGUUUUCCAAAGAGCAACUUAACGCGAUUUUCAAUCUGGCCCAGACAUUCCGGCUUUGCGUCCAGAAGGAGCGCUCGCUCGACCACAUCCUCAAGGGAAAGAUUAUGGCCUCGGUUUUCUACGAGGUCAGCACUAGGACCAGCUGUAGCUUUUCUGCCGCCAUGCAGCGAUUGGGCGGCCGAGUAAUUUAUAUGGACGAAAGCAGUUCCUCAGCCAAGAAAGGAGAAACUCUAGAAGAUUCCAUUACAGUGAUGGCUAGUUACAGCGAUGUAGUGGUUUUGCGUCACCCGGAGCCGGGUGCAGUAGGGCGAGCAGCGGCCCGUUCCAGCCGUCCGUUGAUUAAUGCUGGGGAUGGAACCGGAGAACAUCCAACUCAGGCUCUGUUGGAUGUGUUCACUAUCCGUGAAGAGAUUGGUACUGUCAAUGGCCUGACAAUCACGAUGGUAGGAGAUUUGAAACAUGGAAGAACUGUUCACUCCUUGGCUCGCUUGUUGACGCUGUAUAAUGUUCAUUUACGCUACGUCAGUCCUGCCAACUUGGGUAUGCCAAAUGAAGUGAUGGAUUAUAUCGGAUCAAAGGGAAUUCCCCAGACCAAUUUUAGUUCGCUCGAGGAUGCUCUGCCGGAAACCGACGUGUUGUAUAUGACUCGUAUCCAGCGUGAACGCUUUGCCACACAACAGGAAUAUGAUAUGGCUUGCGGUCAUUUUGUUGUCACGCCACAUUUGAUGCGAUUGGCAAAACGCCGUAUGGUUGUCAUGCAUCCGCUACCUAGAGUUUUUGAAAUUUCUCCCGACUUUGAUAGCGAUCCUCGUGCCGCAUACUUUCGCCAAGCCGAAGCCGGAAUGUACGUGCGCAUGGCCAUUCUUGCUAUGGUUCUCGGGAAAUGCUGAAACGGUUCAAAAGUCGAUUAACAGUUUGGUCGGAUGUUAUUUGUUUUGAACCAAAUUGGAAUAAAUACAACAUAAAAUUUC